UUGUAGAAAUGAACGACUUAAAUCGUGUCCCAGACGAUUCUGAUGAUAUUGUUGUCGAUGACAUGAUAGAAAUUGAAGAUGAAGACGAAAACAUGCCAAGGAGAGAAAAAAAAGUUAUAAAAAGUGAAUUCAAACACGAGGAAUUGCGUGAAAUUGGCUCUAUGGCAAUAUGGACACUUUCAAGCUGGAAAGCUGGCAAUGGUGUUGAAAAUUUACGCGAUAGUAGCAUGGCGACAUAUUGGCAGUCUGAUGGUACGUUACCACACCUUGUCAACAUUCAAUUCCCCAAGAAAGUUUCCGUUGUGCAAAUAUCAAUUUGGCUUGAUUACAAAAAUGACGAAAGUUAUACUCCAAAUAAAAUAACAAUAAGAGCUGGGACUAAUUUUGGUGACCUUCAAGAUUUGCGAACUGUUGAUAUUGAAGACCCUUAUGGAUGGGUUGAUAUUCAAUUAAGUGGAGACCACACGCUAACGACAAGCCGUCCAGUAGGUGCCCACAUUUUUCAAAUUUCCAUCAAAUCUAAUCAACAAAACGGUAAAGAUACACACGUCCGACAAAUCAAAAUAUUUGCUCCAAAACUGGAUGAUUCUGAUGAUGAUGAUAUACCUUUUUUUUCUUCAUUGGAAUUUCUAAUGCACACGACUGUGAGAUGA